AUGCUCUCCCGCGACGACCGGUCCUCCAUGGACCCCGCCCCGGAUCCCAUCGUCAUAGUGGGCAGCGCGUGUCGAUUUGCCGGCGACGUGAACUCGCCGUCGAAGCUGUGGGAGCUCCUCCAGAACCCACGAGACGUGCGCAGCGAGAUUACCGGCAACAGGUUCAACGCCGAGGGCUUCCACCACCCCAACAGCGCGCAGCACGGCCGCAUGAACGUGCUCCACUCCUAUCUGAUGAACAAUGACUUGCAGGCCUUUGAUGCCGAGUUCUUUGCCAUCAACCCGGUCGAGGCGGUGGCAAUGGACCCGCAACAGCGCCUUCUUCUCGAGAUAGUAUACGAGGCUAUCGAGUCCGCCGGGAUGACGAUCCAGGGCCUUCGCGGAAGCGACACGGGCGUAUACGCCGGUCUCAUGUGCGGCGACUACGAGGCCAUGCUGCUCCGGGAUCUGGACCAGGUACCAACCUACCUGGCGGUGGGGACGUCGCGUGCUGUGCUUUCGAACCGCGUGUCGUACUUCUUUGACUGGCACGGCGCUUCUGUCACCAUCGACACGGCGUGCUCGUCGAGCCUGGUUGCAGUGCACCAAGCCGUCCGGGCUCUGCGGGCCGGCGACUCGCGGAUGGCAGUGGCCUGCGGGUCGAACCUCAUCUUGGGGCCCGAGAUGUACAUCAUCGAGAGCAAACUGAAGAUGCUGUCGCCCGACGGCCUCGGGCGCAUGUGGGAUGCCGAGGCCAACGGCUACGCGCGCGGAGACGGCGUGGCGGCCGUAGUGAUCAAGACGCUCAGCCAGGCGCUGCGAGACGGCGACCGGAUAGAGGCCGUCAUCCGGGAGACGGGCGUGAACCAGGACGGCGCUACCCCGGGACUGACGAUGCCCAGCGCCAGCGCGCAACGAGACCUGAUCCGCAGCGUCUAUAGGAAAGCCGGUCUCGAUCCGGCUAACCCGGCCAACAGGCCGCAGUAUAUCGAGGCGCAUGGCACCGGAACCCCGGCAGGCGAUCCCGUCGAGGCCGAAGCUCUCAGCACCGCCUUCUUCGGCGACGGCCAUGGCGGACAGGCCGGAGACGGCAGCCCCUUAUACGUGGGCUCCAUCAAGACGGUGCUGGGCCACACCGAAGGCACGGCAGGCAUCGCGGGCCUCUUAAAGGUGACCAAGGCCUUGCAGAACGCCACGGUGCCGCCCAACAUGCUCUUCGAGCGGCUCAGCCCGGCCGUCGCACCAUUCUACGGCAACCUGCAAAUCACGACAAAGGCUCUCGCGUGGCCGGAGGUGCCCGACGGGCAGCCAAGGCGGGCCAGCGUCAACAACUUUGGCUUCGGAGGCACCAACGCGCACGCCAUCGUGGAGAGCUACCAGGGGCCAACGAGAGAAGGGGGAAGAGGUGUCGAUUCAGAGACGGACUGGGAGGUCCUCGUGCCGUUUGUGUUCUCGGCUGCUUCCGAGGAUUCUCUCCGGGCAAACCUUGCGGCCUACGUCGCAUACUUUGAUGCGCACCCCGAGGUGAACGUGCAUGACCUGGGAUACACCCUGCGAGAGCGUCGUUCCGUCUUCAACCACCGCGUCUCCUUCUCGGCAGCGACCGUGGGUGACCUCAAGGGCAAGAUCCAGGCGCGCCUCGCCGCGACGUCGUCCGAGCAACAAAACAUCGGAGUGAGGACAUAUGCUGCGGUGCCAUCGUCGUCGCCGUCGUCGUCGUCGUCGACGACAAAAAACACGCCCUCGAGGGUCCUCGGCGUCUUCACCGGCCAGGGAGCUCAAUACUCCCGGAUGGGGGCAGAGCUCAUCGAAAAGUCACCCUUGGCCUCGCGUAUAAUCCAGACGCUCGAGAGCCAUCUGAAUGCCCUCCCGGAAGAGGACCGUCCGUGCUGGUCUCUCCGGGCCGAGCUGCUGGCGGAACCCUCGGCAUCCCGAGUCGGCGAGGCGGCCAUCUCGCAGCCCUUGUGCACGGCGGUACAGAUCAUGCUGGUCGACCUGCUCCGCUCUGCCAACGUGUCGUUCGAAGCCGUCGUCGGCCACUCGAGCGGGGAGAUGGCCGCCGCGUACGCCGCGGGAUUCCUCAGCGCCCGCGACGCCGUGGUCAUCGCCCACUACCGAGGCCUGCACAGCAAGCACGCGCGGAGCCCGAACGGGGACGGUAUCAAAGGCGCGAUGCUAGCCGUCGGCACGUCGCCUGAAGACGCCGCAGAACUAUGCGGGGUAGACGAGUUCGCUGGGCGUAUCAGCCUGGCGGCCGUCAACUCGCCGUCGAGCGUCACCAUAUCGGGAGAUGAGGACGCCGUUGCGGAGCUUGCGCUGGUCCUUGACGACGAGAACAAGUUCAACCGCCGCCUGCGGGUGGACAGGGCGUAUCACUCGAGACACAUGCUGCCGUGUUUCGAACCUUACGUGGCCGCUCUCCGACGCGCCGGCGUCAAGGCCCUCGCCGGCAACGGCCGAUGCACCUGGUUUUCGAGCACUUGGGGCGGCAAGCCGGUCGAUCCCUCGGCCGACAAGCUGAGCGACGUGUACUGGGCCGAGAACCUGACGAGGCCGGUCGCCUUUUCGGAUGCCGUCGCCGCAGCCGCCGCCGCCGUCUUCUCCCGGGAUGGCGGUGUUCCCGGCGUAGCGCUCGAGGUCGGACCGCAUCCCGCGCUCGCCAGUGUUGCCAAGGAGAACAUGCAGGACGUGGCGUACUUUGGCACGCUCUCUCGGGGGGAGAGUGCCGUCAUGGCCUUCUCCGAUUGCCUCGGCAAUCUCUGGGAACGCCUGGCAAGUGGCUCGGUGGACCUCGGGGGUUGCGGGGCCGCGUUGUCGGGGCUCGGCGGGCGGCCGUUCGCCGUCCUCGGAGAUCUGCCGAGUUAUCAGUGGAAGCACAAGGUCAAGUACUGGUCCGAGUCCAGGAGAUCUCGCAACAUCCGUCUGCGCCACCAGCCGCACCAUGAGCUCCUGGGACACGCGUGUCCGGACAGCGCGCCGCACGUCUUGAGGUGGACAAACGUCCUGAAGCCCAGCGAGAUGCCGUGGCUCGAGGGACACCAGGUUCAGGGCCAGAUCGUGCUCCCUGCCGCCGCCUACGUGUCCACUGCCAUCGAGGCGGCGCGGUUCCUGGCUGGCGGCGGCGAGGAGGGCAUACGCCUCGUGGAGCUCGCCGACUUCAACAUCCACAACGCCGUCACGUUCGACCAGAACGACACGGGUGUCGAGGUCCACGUGGAGCUCUCGCGGAUCUCGGUGAAACCGGGCCGAGAAGCCACGGCCUUCUUCACGUACUCUGCUGCGCUGGGGGGCGUCGGAUCUGCCGACCUGGUCCUCGCGGCCGACGGCGAGCUCAGAGUGUCACUCAGGAAGGUCAAAAAGGAGGAGGAGAAGGAGGAUGACAAGGGGGUCAAAGCAGCAGCGCCGUGUCUCCCCGAACGCGCACCUCCGCCGCCGCACAUGAUCCCCGUGGCACCAGACCGUUUGUAUGGAUUCAUGGCGGGGCUGGAGUACGACUUCUCCGGGCCGUUCCGGUCGCUUGUGGAGCUCGAGAGGAAGCUUGGCAGGGCGUCCUGCGUCGCCCGAAAGGCGAGGACGUCGGCAUCUGUAUGUGACGACCGCCUUCUGCUUCACCCCGUCGACCUGGACGCCGCCUUUCAGUCCGUCAUGCUGGCACACAGCUACCCGGGGGACGACCGGCUGCGUCUCCUCCAUCUGCCCUCGAGGAUCAACAAGGUCAGGGUCGACCUGGACGCGCUCACUGCCGAAGACUACGUCGAGGCCGACUCGAUGCUCGUCGACUCCGUGUGCGACAGCGCCGACAGCACCAGCGGCUUCUCGGGCAGCGUCAGCUUAUACGCCCCCAGGGGUAAACUCAUCCUUCCGCGGGCGGCCGUCCAGGUCGACGAGGUCUGGUUCAAGCCCGUGGGAGCCAUGGACGCCGGCAACGACCGGGAUGUGUUUUACAAGAUGCACUGGGUGCCGAGCCGGCCGGACGGCGCGGAGGCCGCCGCCGGUGUGCCCGUGACGGACCGCGACCGCGAGCUGGUCUUUGUGCUCAGCCGCAUCGCCGCCUUUUACUCGAGACGGUUCGAUGAGAUGAUACCCGACGACCACCUGGCCCGGUCUGAGAGCCCGUUGUGCCACUAUCUCCGGUACGCCAGACACAUGACGGGACUCUUGAGGCGUGGCGAGCAUCGGUGGGCCUCUCCCGAGUGGCUCGACGACACGGAGCAGGACGUUCUUGAUUAUAUCAACGAAAAGGGCUUCAUGGACAACUCGGAUGUUGCCAUCAUGCUCCUCGUCGGCAAGACGAUGCCGCGCGUCUUCCGAGGCGAGACGACCAUGCUGGAGCAUUUCCGCACUUCCGGGCUCUUGGACGAGUACUACGUGAACGGCUUCGGAACCAAGCAGUCGGCCAUGUGGGUGGGCGGCGUCGUCAAGCAACUCACCGACCGCAACGCGCACCUCAACAUCCUCGAGAUCGGCGCCGGCACCGGCAGCGCCACCAAGAACAUCCUGGGCGCCGUCGGCCGCGACUUUGCGACGUACACCUUCACCGACAUAUCGUCGAGCUUCUUCGAGAGUGCCGCCGAGACGUUUGCGCCGGGGGGACCGGAUGGUGGGUUCCGCGAGGGCGCAUAUGACGUCGUUGUGGCCUUCAUGGUGAUCCACGCCUGCGCCAAGCUGGACGAGGCCGUGGCUAACCUCCGGAAGCUGCUCCGGCCGGGCGGCCUGCUGAUCCUUGGCGAAGGCGCCAGCAACGGCGCCAUGCAGGCCGGCGCCGGCUUCAUCUUCGGCCCGCUGCCAGGCUGGUGGCGCGGCGUCGCCGAGGGCCGCACGCUGUCGCCGCUGGUGGACGCCGACGAGUGGGAGACCAUCCUCCGGCGCAACGGCUUCUCGGGCAUCGACACUAUGUCGCCGCCGCGGUUGUUUGACGCCUUUGGCAUUACCCUCUUUGUGUCCACCGCCGUCGACGACCGCGUCGAGUUCGCCCGGAACCCCCUUGACGUUAUCAGUAGCAGCAGCAGCACCAGUAUCGUAUACGAAAAGGUGGUCAUCGUAGGGGGUCAGACACCCGCAGUUGCCGACCUGACCCGGAGUCUCGAGAAACUGUUGACGCCGCUGGCAAAGCAAGUCAUCAUGUCCGACUCGGUCGAAUCGCUUGACGAGGUCGUGUUCGGUGGCGACGCCGGCUUGACCGUCGUCAGUCUCGCGGACCUCGAGCGUCCCGUCUUCAAGGACAUGACGCCGGAGCGGUGGAAUAACUUCAGGCAGUUGUUCGUGGGCGGCAACUCCAUCCUCUGGCUCACCUCCGGGCGCCUCAACCGCGAGCCGUACUGCAACAUGACGGUGGGCUUCGGGCGGUCCGCCAUGCACGAGGAAGACACCCUGCGCGUGCAGUACGUCGAUCUCGAGGACGGUGUAGGCGGUGCCGGCGGCAUCGACGCCCACGCUAUUGUCGACCACCUCCUCCGCUUCACUUCCGAGCAGCUCGACGACGCCGAGGACCUCCUCUACGUCAAGGAACCUGAGAUCAUCAUUGACGGCAGCGGACGCGAGCUCGUGCCACGUCUGUUUCCCAUUGCGGACGCCAACGACCGCCUCAACUCGGCCUCGCGGCCCAUAUACCGCCAGAUCGACACGCGCAAAUCCCCCGUCGAGCUGGUGCUGCAACCGACGGGCCACGGCGGCCCCAGCCUCCGGCAGUUGACGCGGUACGAGACCUCGGCAGACCUCGUGCCCACACCACCGUGCUCCAGCGGUGAUAGUGAGACCGUCCAGCUGCGCCUCACCCACGCCGUGGCAUCCGCCCUCCGGUGCCCGGCCGGCUUCCGGUUCCUCGUCGUGGGCGUAGACGACCAUGGCUCUCGGCGUCUUGCGCUCGUUUCUUCCCUCACGUCCGUGAUCAAGGUCCCCGCCGAGUCGGCCGUCACUUGUGACGUCCCAAGCGGCUCCGAAGCUACCCGCCUCGCCCUCGUGGCGGCGGAGCUUGUUGCCAUGGCCAUCCUCAGUCCUUUGUCCGCAGGCCAGAGGCUGGUCCUACACAACGCGCCCGAACCGGUUGCCCAGGCCAUCAUGGCACAAGCCGCUCUCGGCGGCGUCAUCGCGACGCUCUUGACGGACUCCACGGCACCAGCGCCGGCGUCAUCGGCAACGCCCCAGAUCGAGCUCCCCGCCUAUCUAGGCCGCUCCGAGAUGGCUCGGCUGUUGCCUGCCGACGUCGCUUGUUUUGCUUCCUUUUCCAACACCGAUGAGAAGCCGGAGAACGAGCUGGCGAUACUGUCUCUCCUGCCACCCUUCUGUCGCAGAGAGAACGCCCGUACCCUCUACUCCCCCUGCGGCGUAGAGAGCGGCUCGGCUGGACCUGUUCUGAGACAGUUACUAAGACGGGCCAUCCAUCUUGUUGAAACAAAGAAUGCCGAGCGCGGGAACUCAUACUUCUCUCCACCGCCCGAGACAAUGAGUCUCGAGGCGCUCACAAACGGCGGCCAUCCCCCGAGCAGCCCGCUGGCCAUCAUCGACUGGACGACGUUGGCGUCCACCUCGCUUGUCGCGCAGGUCACCCGCUUCGAGUCGAAGCCGCUCUUCAAGCACGACAAGACGUACUGGCUCGUUGGUCUGUCGGGCGCGCUGGGCAUCUCCCUCUGCGACUGGAUGAUUCAACGGGGCGUGCGCCAUCUGGUCCUCACGAGUAGGAACCCCAAGAUAGACCCGCGCUGGAUCAGUGACCACGCCUCUGGCGGAGUGACCAUCAAGAUAUUGUCAUGUGACGUGACCGACAAAGAGGCCAUCAGGGCCGUUCAUCAGACCAUCGUCGACAGUCUGCCGCCCAUCGUCGGCCUGCUCAACGGCGCCAUGGUCCUGAGAGACGUGUCCGUCCGCAACAUGAAGUUCGACCAGGUGACGGAGGUCAUUGGGCCCAAGGUGCUGGGCAGCAUGAACCUCGACGACAUCUUCCGCGACGUCGACCUCGACUUCUUCGUUCUCCUGUCCUCCAUCAACUGCGUCAUCGGCAACGUCGGUCAGGCCAACUACGCCGCGGCCAACAUGGGCAUGAUAGGCGUGGCAGGGCGGCGCCGGGAACGCGGCCUCCGCGCCUCCGUCGUCAACGUCGGCGCCAUCAUCGGCGUCGGCUAUAUCACCCAGUCGGACCGCCAGCUCGACCUAACGGUGGCCAAGACAGCCAUGAUGCACCUCUCCGAACAGGACUUCCACCAGAUCUUUGCCGAGUGCGUCGAGUCCGGCCACCUCGACAACCCCAACGGGCCCGAGAUAUCCACCGGCCUCCUCCCCAUCACGCCCGGCAUGCAAAACAUCCCCCCCUGGUACUCGGACCCCAAGUUCUCUCGCUUCCGCGUUUGCGAGUCUCAGGCCGACGACGGCAGCGGCGGCGGGGGCCGCGGCAAACAGGACAAGACGAGUUUGGCCUCGGUCCGGGACCUUCUCCAGGCGUGCCGGUCCCCGCAGAACGUGCUGGACGUCGUCAAACAUGCCUUCGGCGCCCAGCUGCGCCGCAUGUUGCAGGUCUCGGCCGACGACGACGAGCUGAUGAUGAUGCGGGGCGCCGAGCUCGGUUUCGACUCCCUCCUCUCGGUCGACGUGCGGUCAUGGUUCCUCAAGACCUUCCAGGUCAGCGUCCCCGUGCUCAAGAUCAUGGCCAGCGACGUUCGCAUGUCCAGUCUGGUCGAGCUGGCCGCCGAGAGCAUCCCACCCGAGCUGGUUCCCCAGGUACAGCAAGAGGAUGCUUCCGACUCCUCCCUCCCCAGUUCCUCCUCCGUCCCCAGCUCGCCCCGUAAUCAAGACAGCGGCGGCUCAAGCAGCGACUCGGUAACGUCAUCUUUGGGAGCCAGCGGUGUGACGACGCCUACCAGCACCGGUCCUGACCUAGACUCCAAAGUUGACAGCAGCAGCAGCAGUCCAACCAUCGACUGGGUUGCCGAGACAACACCGCCCGAGCCGGACACGUGCGUUCCCGAUCUUUCGAGCGCGCCGGCUCCCAAGGCGAAUCCCCAAGUCGUUCUGCUCACCGGCUGCGCCGGCCUGCUCGGACACCACCUUCUCAACGCCCUGCUGGCCCAGCCCUCGAUCCGCAAGGUCAUAUGCGUUGGGGUCCGGCGGCUUUCGGAACGCCUCGGAUCUGGAAGACUGCCUUCCGCCGGCGGCCGUGUCGUCUACCACGAAGGAGACCUCUCGCUGCCACACUUCGGCCUCGACCGUGGCGACUGGGCUGCCAUCUUUGGCGAGGUCGACGCCGUCAUCCACAACGGCUCCGACACGUCGCAUCUCAAGUACUACUCGGCCCUCCGGGAGGCCAACGUCCAGUCGACGCGCCAGCUUGUCAGCGCGUGCCUGCCACGAUCGGUCCCAUUCCACUACAUCUCAUCGGCCGGCGUGGCGCUGUUCGCCGGGCUCGACGCCUUUCCACCGACAUCAUGCACGGGGACGGGCAAGACGCCACCGGCUGACGGUUCGCAUGGCUACAUGUGCGGCAAAUGGGCCUGCGAGAAGAUGCUCGAGCGCCUUGUUACCGCCCAAGUCCAGGACGGUCGCCGCGCGCCUCUGCGGGUGGUCAUCCAGCGACCGUCCACUAUCAUCCGCGCGGGAGCCGACGCGAGGGUCAACGAGGCCGGGCUCGACUGGGUGAACGCCAUGCUGCACUACGCGCACAAGACACAGACGGUGCCCGAUAUCAAGCACAACGCCGGUUCUUUCGACCUGGUCUCGGUCGAAACUUGCUGCGACGACGUUACGGGAGAGUUGUUCAGGCACGCCGGCAGCAGCGAGAGCCACGGCGACAUCACGUACGUCAACAACGUCGGCGAUGUCGUGAUCCCCAUGGCAAGCAUGGCGGAUAUUGGGCUCGAGAUGACAGGCAAGGCCUAUGAGGUUCUGCCGAUGCACGAGUGGCUUAGGAGAGCCGUCGCCACCGGCAUGCAUCCCGGCGUCGCUGCUUUGAUUGAAUCAUUUGAUGAACCCGGCGUUAGCAAGUACCCCGCGCUGCUGAGGACCAGCAAGGCAUGA